AUGGAUGGGGCUUUUAGUAGAGUUGGGAGGGUUGCUGGAAUUGGGGGUCUUCUCAGGGAUUUGAAUCGGGUUACACUUAUGUCUUUUUCAGAAAAUGUUGGUCCUACUCUUCCCUAUCUAGCAGAACUGAAAGCUAUCAAAAAAGGCCUUGACAUCUUUGUUUCUUCAGAAUGGUUGUCGAAGGGCAGGCUUAUUAUUGAAAGUGAUUGUAAGCUUGUAAUGGAUUGGAUCAAAGACCAAGCUUUAGUUCUUGUUUUCCUUACAAAUUUUGUUAAGGAAAUUGUGUCUAUUAUUUCUGUUAGAGAUUUUAUUGUUAGGUGGAUUCCAAGAUGUUGUAAUUGCGAGGCUGACAAGCUAGCAAAGGAGGGGAUCGGGUGA